AUGACGAUGCCACGCUCCCCCUAUGCAGUUUCCAGUGCAGGUCAUCUGCCAGUGCAGAUUCAGUCCCCGAACAAAGCCGUCUUCCCAACCAGAAUGCAUCCAUACUAUCCAAGAACCUACCAUUUGCUUAAACAUCUUGCACACAGAGAAAGGGACAGUGGAAACUGGCUGAUAAUUAUCCAGGACAGAAGGCUCUAGGACAGGCUUCCCCAACCUGGUGCACUUCAGAUAUGUCAUACUACAUGUGCCAUCAUACCCGACCAUUGGCCAUGCUGACUGGGCUGAUGGGAGUUGUAGUUCAAAGUAUCUGGAAGAUGCAAUGUUGAGGAAGGCUGGUCUAGGGCUUGAUGGAUGUGCCAAUGCAGAUGCUUAAGAUCAGGGUGUCAGCUAUUUUUUUUUAAGCAUUUCACUUCCCACGCAACUAGUUUAUCAUGUGUAAAACUGGAAUUUCUGCAAGUAAUUUAAUUUGAGCAUAUGUUCCAAAUAACAAAAAUAGAUUUCCAAGGAUUCACAAGUUAACUGAAUUAAUGGGUCUAAUAUAAUACACAAGUCGUAUUUUUUUUAAAAAAGGAGUGAGAUUAAAUUAAUAUCCUUUUGACAUUUGUGGUUCAUGUGGACAUGCAUCAGGAUAUUAAAAGCAUAUAGGGGAAGGAAUUCAGUGUUGUGCUAUGUCAGUCGUUCCAUCAGGGUGAGCUUUUCUUUCUGCCUGCCAAGUGGAACAGUCCCCCUCUCCUUCCCCCAUAUGCUAUUCUGGGGGUUCUCCCAACUGCCCUAGAGCCAGUUUUGGGGGGCACAGGGAGGAGGGGGGAACCCCACUCCACUAGCAGACACCCACAACACUCUAAAUUAUUGAGGAUCCUGUAUCAUCAUCAUCAUCAUCAUCAUUUACUCUUAAUGGAUAAAUGCUUUCAUUCUUUAGGGCAGUGGUUUUCAACCAGUGUUCCAUGGCACCCUGGGGUCAAGGGUGCCAUGGGCAGCACUGAGCCCCCAUCCCUCCUUCCUUCCCUCCCUCCUCUGAUAAAAAAACCCCAUUGCUUCCAACAUAUGUCAGAAACUCCCUACUCAAGCAGACAAACGAGCCGCAUUUCUCUACUUUUUCAUGUAUCUCUAUGCUAUGUGAUGCUGGUCAUCUGUCCAUUCAUGGUCGUCUGUCAUGGAUGCUUUACUUGAGAUUCCUGUAUUGCAGGAGGUUGGACUAGGUGAUGCUUGGAAUCCCUUCCAAUCCUAUCAUUCUGUGUGCAUAUUGAUUUAUACAAGGCAUAGGAAAACUCCGGCCCUCCAGAUGUUUGGGACUACAAUUCCCAUCAUCCCUAGCUAACAGGACCGGUGAUCAGAGAUAGUGGGAAUUGUAGUCUCAAACAUCUGGAGGGCCAGAGUUUGCCUAUGCCUGAUUUACACCCAGCCCUAAUGCUAUUUACAGUUUCACCCAGUGGCUUUGUAUAGAUGUUGAAACAUUUCAGGUGAGAAGAUGGGCUCCUUUGACAGCUGUUGCUAGGUAAACCAAAUGUGCGGUAGGGGAGCUGGUGGGAUAACAACAUAGAAAGGGGUCCACCAGAGAAAACUUUGCCAAGGUGGAGCCAACAUAGAGACAGCCCUGUAUGAACUAUAUAGUCACAGAAACUAUAGUGUAACUCUAAAUAGCUCAUUGAUAGUAACUGUGCAAGCUAUUGAUACAUGUUAUUUUUUUAAUUAAAGUUAUAUUCUAGUAAAGUAUUUAUUAAAAUUGUAAUUCUAGUAAAGUAUUAUUAAAGUAUUAUUUAAGCAAAGUUGUAGCCUGGUCCUAACCACGUUUUCCCUAAAUCAAAUCUAAUUGAUUUCAGCAGCAUUCCAAUUUAACAUAUUUUGGACUGGAGUCAUAAUCGUAUUUUCUUUAGGAAAAAAAAUGUUCCUAAUUUCCAAAACAGAGCUUUGCUUAGUAUGUUUUCAUGAGUAGUGAUGUCAAGGUAAAUGUUUGCAAAAGCAAAAGGUUGGUGCAGACCCAAACACUAGUCCCCUUGUAGCUUCUUAUAGGAGACCAGGAGCCAGCAACUGGUUUGCAAGGUCCCUUGGCUGGCUUUAAGAGGAAACUGGCACUACAACUGCAUGGGCCAUGUGACUUACCUUUACUUUUCCGGGUAACAACACUGAGCACUGUUCCAAAUUGUCAGUCUUCUUUCAUUUCAGUUUGAGAGAGGUGAUUGACUAUUUUUAUUUUAUCUAUAAUAGCAUUUAUAGAAAGCAUAGCAGCCACUGGGGAAUUUUUUUUUUCUUAAGCCACUCAUUCCUUUACAAGCCUCUGCUUAAUAGGACAGACUUUUACAUGUGGGCGGCAGAGGGCAGGGAGUUGUGCAUGGAAGUUUCUUAUAAUUUAUUUCAUAACAAACAUGCUUCUUUUUGGAACGCUAGCUUAUUAGGACAUGUCUAGUCCAGGCCAGCUGUGAUGUGCACACAACCAAGAUCAGCUUCCUUGGGUAUGUAGGAGAAAAACAGUGCAAGAACUAGCCUUAGCACAAUUGAUCUACUUCAUACAUAUGCUCCCAUAGAUAAUUUUGCUAAUUUAAUUGCAAACGUUAGCACAACUGAACACAAAUGGGGGAAACGGGAUUAUGCCUACAAGCCCUGACUUAGUCUAUGCAUAUACCUUUGUACAUAAAAAAUUGUAUGUCCAUAGGUUCUGGUAUAUGCAGGUGGGUUUCUGUCUGACAUACUGCUUGAAUGUACAUAGGAACCAUGCAAAAAAGGUCAAGGGACACAACUUGUUGCUGGGAUUCCAUUCUCCCCCUGCCCAAGUACUGUACAUUUGUUGUACACACAUCCAGUCAAGAGAACAAGUGCUGUUGUUUCCUCAGCUUAGCAUAUGAGGCUGCCUAUGAGAGAGGAGCAAAGGCAUAUCUAGUUUACAUAGCAUCCUGUUUACCACAGUGGCCAACCAGAUGCCUGUCAGAAGCCCGACGGAGGGCAUGAAAGCUCUUUAGCAGCUGAUAACCCAUAGCAUUUUGCCUCUGAUGCUGGAGAAAAUAUAUGACCAACAUGGCUAGCAGCCUUGGAUUGCCUUAUCUUCCAUGAAUUUGUUGCGUCUUUUAAAGCUGUCCAAGUUGGUGGCCUUUGCUGCACCUUGAGGCAGCAAGUUCCAUUCUAUGUGCUGUGUGUAGAACGGCUUCCUUUCAGAACUUCUCCCACCAUUCAACCUCUUUGACCACCCUGGGUUCUAGUAUUAUUGGGUUUCAAAAUCCAGUUGUCCAAGGUCCCCUACAUUAGCUGCUGUAGGAUCGGUGCAUAGAAAGAGGGGAGGUUCCUGACAAUGUUGCUUGAUGCCAAUGUAGUUGUAGAUGGUUCGACAUGUGGCAAACAAUCAUUUGUCAUUUCCCCACAGUGAGUGCAGCGUGUGACAGGUCUGUAAGAAUUCUGUAAUUGACUCUUAGGUGUGUGGUCUCAGCUCGAUGGGUCUGGCAGCAGGAGCCAUACUGUAUUUUUCAAAAUUUAAUUUUGCCUUUCUUUUGUGUGGCAUGCUGCCCUUUUUUUUUGUUAUGAAUGGUGUUAUUACAACGGCAAUAACCAGAUGCCUCAGCAGGCAUAUUUUCAUUAUGCUCCUAUUGUUUAUACGUGAGCAGGAUUUUAAAGCUCUGUUUUACACUGAAGUGUCUGUUUCCCCUUCCUCCUUUUAAGUUUGAUAUGAUUUCUCACUGUGGGCCAUUUAUUAUUGAUAGGACAAAGUGAAGUGACUGGAGGAGCCCUUACGAAGACGGCAGGGGAAACGCAGGAGAAGCUCGGAGCGAGACCAAGGUAAAGUCUGAAUUGGAUUUCAUGUGUGAAGAACCUUUUGAACACCUAGGACAAGUGCUGUGCUAUAUAAAUGACUCAGGGACUUGAUCUCUGAGUUGAGCACUAUUCCUAUGAAUACCAGUUCCUGGGAAUCAUAGAGUUGUAGAGGUGGAAGGGACCCCAAGGGUUAUCUAGUCCAACCCCCUGCAAUGCAGGAAUCUCAGCUAAAGCAUCCAUGACAGAUGGCCAGGCUUAAAAAUCUCCAAGGAAGGAGAGUCCACAACCUCCCGAAGGAGAUCAUUCCACUCUUACAAGAGUGCCAUUGCACCAAACUCCUGCUUUCAGGCUUCCCAUAAGGUAUCUGGCUGGCCACAGUAAAAUCACAACACUGAGACAGAUGGGCCUUUGGCCAGACCCAGAAGGGUUCCCCAUACCCCCAGAUGUUUUGGGGAAUCGCUACUGGGCACUUUCAAAGGUCUGAUAUUGAUACUGUGUUUGGUAUUAGCUGUUUCCUCAAGUCUCAAACAUGAAUCAGAUCAUUACCAGCUCAGCAGCAGUUCAAGAAGUGAAGGUCAGAAAUGUGAUGCCUCCUAAGCCCUACUUGGGUGCUCUGCUUGCAUGUGAAACCUACAAGCUAGCACAGAGAGUGGGGGGUGAAUGUGCUAAAUUCUUCCCACCCCCCAAUCGCUGCCAACCAAUGGAGGGUGGAAGUCUGAAGCAGGGAACUCUGCUACGUGUAGAGUCUCCCCAUGUGAUUUAGAAUGUCAGUUGUGCAGCAGAAAAUUCUAUGAUUGUAUUAUGAGUUGCAUGUCUGCCCGAGACUUGUUUUAUCCAAGAGAGAAAUACUACCAUUAAACUGCAGUUUAUUCAAAUCCUUUUCAGAGAGAAGCAGGUAAGUUGGUGCAGCAUAAAAGGCUUAGCUCUGUGCAGAGAUCUGAUUCUUGGUUCAACAUUCUGCUCUGUUGCUUAGGUUUCUCAAUCGCACAUCUUUCCCUAUAUACAUUGCUCACAGGGUAGGGAAUUUGCAUAAUGUGGUCACUGCGUUGUUAACAGCUACCACAUGAUGCUUUUAAGAGUGUCCAUGUGAGGAUCAUAGCAUAUUUGCUCUUUUCAGUCUCCUUACUUCUAGGACAACCACAUCUUUUUUUCUUUUUUCAAAAACAAGAAGCCUUGAUUUAUAGUACUAAAUAAAAUGGAAAGUGACACAGAGACACAGAGAAAAAAUAUCAUGCGGGAGGAAGUAUUAAAACAUGCUAAAACACACACCCCUCCCUGGCCCCAAAUCCUUUUUUAUUCAUAUUUUCAGGAACAACCAUCUCUACAGGGUACCUAAAAGAUAAUAAUGUACUGGAAGUUCUCUGAGUUCCUUCCCUGGAUCAGCACAGACCAGUGCACUAUAGAUUUUGAUUGCUUACUGAGCACUUCUCAACUGCGGUGUUAUUUUAACCUAGGGCAUUAUACUGCCUAACCUUGUUGUGUUGGUUAAUUAUAUUUCUUUCCUUUCUAGGAAUGUAAGUUUACUCUGUCUUGAUUAUGCCAGACCGCAAAUCCUUGAAAGGCAUAUAUACUGUAGCUCUGGGGGUGGAAAGGGCCAGUUGGGCUUAAGCCAUCUCUGGGAAAGCUCCACCAUCGUUUGUUAUUAAACUGGCCAAAUUCCCUUUUGUUCCCACAUUAACAGCUCGCCUGCGGUGCCUCUAGCCUUGACAUUGUUUUUUAGUUGCACGCUUUAGCGAUUGAAAGAAAUUUGGCCCUUCCCGUGUUCAUUUGGGAGGAAGAGAGUGAAAGAGAGAAAUAACAGUGUAUCUGAUUAAUUCUAAAUUCUAUACACCAGCAAUAAAAACGUCAGUAAAAACUGCAAGCUAUUGCCCCAAAUUAUGUCCACCUAAUCCAUCCUGAUAAUUUUUCCCAUUGGCCAAAGGAAACAAAGUUCUGUAGCCUUAAUUUUUGUCCUCCCCUCUCCUGCUUCCAGGGGAUGGAUUUUGCUUGUUUUGUGUAAACUGCGCAAUUUAAGUCAGCUCUAGAAACCAAUAAAGAUGAAACAUACAACACUCAAGUGAAGUCAUUUGGGAAUAUUGAAUCCAAUAACGUUAACCUGUGCCUGGAAAUCCAUAUGGAGAAAAGGUACUGCGGAAGGAGGAGAUGUGAAAUGUUUAGACGCCAUUUCCCAUUGUUAAAACUGUGUGUUUUUGUGCUUUUUGCCAGCCCAUCACUGCACAAGGAACGGGCAAUCUGUCUCCCUUUGGAUGUUGCUGGACUGCGAUUCUGAUCAUCCCUGUUGUUGGCUGGGGCUGAUGGGAUUUGUAGUUCCACAUCUGGUGGGUUGUCACAAGUGCCACCACAGCACUCCACUCUAAAAUAAAAGGCAGUAUCCUCCCCUUAAUUUAAAAAGGGACCAUAUUUCUGGCAUUCACUGCCAGAAGAUCACUGCUUUUGCUGACAAGCCUUCACUGGAAUGUGGCCAGUGAAAGGCAAUGAAUGGAAAGGUCACUAAUGUCAGGGAUACAAAACUGUUAGGCCACAAAUUAUAAGCCCUGUGGGCUGUCAUGCUUUCUGAGCCUUGGGCCCAUGUCACGCCACAGUUGGAGCUGUUGUGUUCAAGAUAGGGUGAUCAGUAGGCUCAUGAAUCAGAAAGAUCACUAUGGUACUCUAAUCCUGACUAUCUUUGCCAACAUCAUAGCAACAUUGCUGCUACUAGCAAAUUUAUUUCAUUGACAAGUGGGGCCUCCAGCACAACGUUGUGAAGAGGGGAGGUCCUGUUCAGGGCUCUAAUCAGAUCAGAAGAGGCAAGUUGUGGUGCUAGGUCUUAGGCAUGGGGCUUUCUUCAGCAUGAUAGCUCAGUUGGUAAAGCAUGAGACUCGGGGUCAUGAGUUUGAACCCCAUGUUGGGUGAAAGAUUCCUGCACUGCAGGGAGUUAGACUAGAUGAUCCACGUGGUCCCUUCCAACUGAUUCUAAGAAUUCUGAUGUGCUAUGUAAAUUUAGAGGGCUCCUAGGCCCAAACAUGAGCUUUUAUAGUGCUUUAAUACGGUGGGGAGAUCAGUUAUGGAGAACAAAGUAGGCUCAUACAAGUGUUUGUGUGUAUUGUGGCGGUUUUUUUUAAUUUCACGUCUCCCAAACACUAAUAUCUCUCCUUGUCUAACCUGAAUAUUUACUCUAAACUGUAAUAGGUCUGAACAGGUUAAUUCCCUCGUAUUACUAGAUAUGCAGGGAGGAAGCUAUGUUACACACAGUCAAGAGUAGUUUAAAGGUGGCUGAGCAUGUGGUACUAAUGGGUGGUUGCUUUUUAGAAAUACAAACCUGGAACCUCACUGCAUUUUUAGACUGGGUGAUAUAGCAUUAAAUUGUCCCAAACUGGAUUGAAGUGAUAUUGAACCGUGAUACUGUUUUUAUAAUUUUUGACCUGGCAAUACAUCAGGAAUCAUGGUGUGUGUGCAGGAAAAGCCAAUGCCUAUACAUAGCAUCCUUAUAUUGGAUAUUGUGAUAUAUCACUAUAUCGCAAUGUUUAGCUGGUGAUAUAUCAUGAUGUUGAAAACCAGGUAUCGCCCAGUCCUACUGCAUAUGUAUACUCUCCCUGCCACGAGAAUCAUGAUUUACCACCAUGGUUUUUAUUAUCCUUAAUUGUGUUGAAUCUUCAAAAAAGGUUAUCUGUUUUAGUGAGUAUCUGAGUUACUUUCUCACUAAUGAUUUUUUACUGUCAUGGUAUUUUCAUGAAGAAAGUAAUAGAAAUAAAUCAAUUGCCUUUUCCCUGUUUUUUGGGUGGCGGGCACCAUCAAGUGGAAGUUAUGAUAUAAUUGAAGCUGCCUAAUACCAAGUCAGACUAUUUGUUCUCCUGGCCCUGUGUUGCUUAUUCUGACUGCCAAUAGCUGUCUCCAGCAGAGAUCUUAGUUCCCCAUCUUCUGCUUUAGAAGUGCUUAAAACUUUGGGCUGGAGGGUUGUUGCCUGUUGCAUUGUGAAGAUCAUAGCAGUUUUGGAAUUCUACAACAGCGUAACAAAGCACAUCUUGUUUGAUUGAUGGAAGAAAAAUAAGAACCUAUACUUCAAAGGUCUGGUGUUUAGGAGGUUUUCCCCAUAUAAUCAGGUGAGAAGGGCAUCCAGAGAGAAAAGCUCCAGUUUUUUAUUGCAAUUAGACGAUUCGAAUUAAGCUGAGUUUGUUUUUAAAGAUUAAGACAAUGCACUUUGAUGAAGGUUUUUUUAGUGAAGAUGAACCAUACUCAGAAGGGGAGAGCAUAUCACUGCAGUCUGUCUAGCACUUCAGUGAUAUUUCCUAAAUUAAUCUGAAAAUAGCACUUGAGGCAGCGUGUAAAGAUUAUUAAGCAUGAGGUUUUUAUGUAUGCAGAAAAUUUGCUUUUGCAUGAUUACACUCUUAAAAUGUUAAUGCAUGCGCGAGAAAAUUGUGUUCCUUAAUCUCUAAGAAAUUUGUUUCUCAAAAGAAGCUCUUAGCUUUUUCUGUGCUUGGUUUAUUAGGUGCUGAAAGCAUGGUACAACUUUGCAAAUGACUGUAUAUUAAUAAUGAACUAAUUUAUGCCUUAAAUGCAAUCACUGUAUCGAGUAGCAUCUUAAAUAUAUAUAGGAAUUCUUACCCAUGAUGGGGGGGAAAGGUGGAUAGCAUGAGAACCCAAGUUCAGUGCAUCUUUCAUCCGAUGUUGAUUUCUACCCCUUUAAGCCGUACAGAAAUUUCUCCCUGCUUUAUUAAAUCAUGAGUGCACAGAUUUUAGCAUUAGCCAAGCUAAUUAACUUCUUAAAAUUGUGUCAUUUCAGGAAUUUGAGGAGAAGGCUCAAAAGGUCUAAAUACGGAAUGAACACAGCAAAAGCUGGUUGGUAAGCAGCAGAACCUCCCAAAGGAUGCAGGUCCCAUACUGCUAGUAGGGAUUAUAAAGAUGUAGGGUGGAAGAGGCUCACCAGUUUUCUUUUUAAAAAUGAGGAACAGCUAUUCCUUUUCAGAAGAGUCAAAUCUUCCAGAAAUUCCUUUCCCCAAACACAACCAUUUACAAAGGGCAGAGAUAACAAAACAGAUAAGAUAAGGGGUGGCACCCAAUGAUGCCACUUUCUGCGGAAGGAAUCUGUCAGCAGAAGAGGGUUAGAAUAGGGUUGCCAUACACGUCUUGGCGCUGUGGUCUAAACCACAGAGCCUAGGGCUUGCUGAUCAAAAGGUUGGCGGUUCGAAUCCCCAUGACGGGGUGAGCUCCCAUUGCUCGGUCCCUGCUCCUGUCAACCUAGCAGUUCAAAAGCACGUCAAAGUGCAAGUAGAUAAAUAGGUACCGCUCCCGCGGGAAGUUAAACGGCGUUUCCAUGCGCUGCUCUGGUUCGCCAGAAGCAGCUUUGUCAUGCUGGCCACAUGACCCGGAAGCUGUACGCCGGCUCCCUCGGCCAAUAAAGCGAGAUGAGUGCUGCAAUCCCAGAGUCGUCCGCAACUAGACCUGACGGUCAGGGGUCCCUUUACCCUUUACACGUCUUGAAUUUUCAAAAAAAGAAAAGAAAACCUCAACAACUUUAUUAGAAGCAGAUUUCAGUGGUCCCCUUUCCUCCCUGCAGUGCCCUGUGCCUUCAAAUCUCUUGCGGAGGGUAGCUGACCCUCCAGAAAAAGAUUUAGGAGUUGGGGCAUGGGAUGCUACAGGGCAUGAUUGCCAAAAAUUGCUCUCUGCUUGUUCUGCUGAUGGAUUCCUACUGUUAGCAGAGAGUCACCAUUGGAUGCCAUCCACAAUCAUUCAUUUGGAUUAACCAAUGACGAUGAUGAUGAUGAUAAUAAUAAUAAUAAUAAUAAUAAAUGAUUGCUUUUUUGUUUUGUUUUGUUUUGUUUUGUUUUGUUUCAGAUGUGGUAGGCAGUGGCUCAAGCAGUAAACCACUUCUAAGUGCCAUGCUUGGCUUCCCAGAGACAUCUGGGAAUGCUGGACUUUGGUCUGUCCCAGUGUGGUUCUUACCUAUGGGUGUGAUAAGGUAUUAUUUGCAUUUUAAGGCCAUGGAAGUAUAUGUUGUUGCCAUUAUUAUUAUUAUUAUUAUUAUUAUUUCUACCAUUAUACAGUUUCCUUACCACUCAGUGA